AUGAGCAAAAAUACGGAUCUCUUCAAAUCAGAUGGUCAGGCACUUGGAUAUUCUCCUAUCACAGACAGCAUUGUACUGCAACGUGAUUGUUUGGUGCUGCAGAGCUUCAAGAUAAUGGACUAUAGCCUUUUGGCUCUCUAUUCCACAGCCAUGGAAUACAUUCAGGGCGAGGCUCAACGGGGUGGCACGGUGGAAACUGAUGACCACAUGGGUGGCAUCACUGCCCGGAAUAGUAAAGGAGAAAGGUUGCUGCUUUAUAUUGGCAUCAUUGACAUUCUGCAGUCUUAUAGGUUUAUUAAGAAAUUGGAGCAUUCUUGGAAAGAUCUGGUACAUGAUGGCGAUACCGUAUCAGUGCAUCGCCCAGGCUUCUAUGCUGAACGGUUCCAGCGCUUCAUGUGCAACACAGUAUUCAAGAAGAUCCCCUUGAAGCCCUCUCCUUCCAAAAAGUUUCGGUCUGGUGCAUCUUUCUCUCGGCGAGCAGGCUCCAGCGGCAACUCCUACUGCCAGCCUACAGUAUCUGGGGAACACAAGGCACAAGUGACCACAAAGGCAGAAGUGGAGCCAGGUGUCCACCUUGGUCGCCCUGAUGUUUUACCACAGACUCCACCUCUGGAGGAAAUCAAUGAAGACUCACUUAUUUCUGACCUCAGCUUCACAAAACCCAUAGUUGAAGAAGAUUUGCAAAUGCUAACUACAAGUUCAUCCCACCUGGAAAAGCUUGAAAUUAUAGAACCAGAGUUCUCCCAUUGA